AUGCCGGACAAGGUCGGUGGCGGUUGGCUUCGCCUCCAUGGGGACAAAUUCCACGAGGACUCUGCCAUCACAGUGACCGUAAAGCCUUCACGGCUGUAUGUGCAGACACCCCAUGGCCAGCACAGGUGUUCGGGAGAGUAUGUCCCAGCAGAAGAUCGCCUGGCAAACGGCUAUCCGCUUUGGGAGCAUGCAGGUGGAAAAUGUUGGCUGUAUUCAGGUAGCAACGGAAUGUGGAUAAUCGGUGGCACAGAUGCUGCAGCCAAAAAUUUCGAGUGCACACGUGGUGUGAUUUACUGUCAAACCGUGCACAACGGGCAGAUGCCAGACAAGAUGGUCGGCAAUUGGCUACGGCUUGAUGGGGACAAGUUUCGUGAGGAUGCUGCCAUUCUGGUGGGAACCAAACCUCCCAGCCUCCACGUCCUCUGUCCGAAUGGACAGCCGAAGUGCGGCGGAGAGUAUGUGCUCGUUGGUGAUCGUUGGCAUGGCCAGCCCACAUGGAAGCAAAGGCGGACCGAUUUACGGAUUUGCUCUGGAGCCGAUGGUCACUGGAUGGUGGCGGCAGCGCGCAAGGAGAACGGAGACUCUGAGAAGCCCUUGCUGAGAUGUGACCAGCCCCACCUCGGCGAAACUCCCGACAAGGAAACAAGCAGUUCAGAAGUCGCUCAGAUCGUCAUGGUGCCACCGUGCCGCCUCAUCGUGCGAGCUACAGCGGGGGCGAGAGUGAUUGGCAAGCAGGGUGCCAGCAUCAAAGCAAUCCGCGCCGCGACUGGAAUAAAUUCCGUGCGAGUUCUACAAGAUGAGCUGCCGGAAGCACUGAAACGCCGGGAGGAGGCUAUAGUCAUAAUAUCCUGCGGCGAGGAGGCGAUGCUAAGACAAGCAGUAGCCAUGGUUCUCGACAAAGUUUUCGAUCGUUCUGGGCUCCCUGACUCUGCCGAUCGCGAGCGCGAGCGCCCGCAUGUUCUUGACAUGAUCGUGCCGGAGCGUGCGGGAGGUGGCAUUGUGGGGCAGGGAGGCGAGCGCAUCAGAGCCAUUAUUGAGGAGCUAGGUUGCGAAGUCCAGGUUUCUCGUGAACCUUUGGCUGGCAUUGCUUCUCAGAAGAGGGUGAAAUUAUUGGCACGGGAUCGAGUUCCGAUAGAAGCCGCGCUGUGGCGUUUACAAUCCACGCUCAAGGAGCUCGUGGUCUCGGAGGUGCUGAGAUCAGAGCACUUCGAGCUGCGGGAGGCGCUAAUGAGUGAGGCAGAAGCUGCAAUGAGCGCUGAGAAGGAGAGGUUUGCCAGCAAAGGCAAAACAGAAGUACCCCUUCGGAUACUGUUGGCUCAAGGCGAGGCAGCAACUGUGGUUGGAAAGCUCGGCGCGAAUGUCGCGCGACUAAGAGACCUGGCUUUGGUUUCCAUAGAUGAUGCGGAGUCUCCUCCAUUCCACCCGAGCGAGAGGAUUUGCAGUGCGGCUCGGGCAACUUUGGCUCAGCGUUUGAGGGUGUUGAGGUUGGUGCUGGGCGACUUGGCCACACGCAGUGCUGCUAUCGCACGAGAGGAGGAAGCCGCGAGGCCCCAGGAAGCUCCCGAAGGCAUGCGUCAGGUUAGUGUGUCUUUGCUCUUUCCUUGCGACCGUUGGGAGGAAUUGGAGCCGGUCCUGCAAAUGGAGCGCAGUCUGUUUCCAGAUGGUUUGGAGCUUGAGGUGCAGGACUCCGAGCACCAGUCAGCUCGACUGAGAGCGGUAACCCUACGGGGCCCAGAAGAGGCCGUUGCUUUGUCUGGCUGGAGGCUUCACAGGUCUUUAGAACCAUGGGAAGUAUCUGAACCGCCGCCAAGGGUGGCACCUGCCGAUGAGGACGACGACGAGCACACUGAGCGGGGCAAAGGCAAGUCGAAGGGCAAGGGCCAAGGGAGAGGUGUCCAGUCACAGGUUGCCGGUGCUUCGAUUGAGCCACGAAGAGAUCCCGAAAGGUCAAACCAACCAAGAGCCGCCCCGGCCCAAAUCCCGGCAAAGUCUGCAGGAAGCAGUGUGGCCGAAGUCAACGACAGCCCAGCCCCUUCCACAAACGGGGUGGUUUCAAGCAUGGCCCACUCAAAAGGGGCAACUAUGAUGGUGGCAGUAUCGGAUUACCAUUUGGCGAGCUACCUGGCCAGUGACAUAAGCGGCAUAGCCAGCAGAGCGGGCGUAAAGCUCCAUGCGAAACCACCGGAAGGGAGUGCACCAGCAAUUCUCGAGAUAUACGGAUCACUCGACUCCGUGGCGCGCGCGUGCUACUUCGCGCAGCUGCAAAUGUCGUUGCCUUUUCUGUAUCUCUUGUGUUAUCGUUCGACGAUGAUCACCUUCUUGUUUGUGCUCUCUUCUUGGAGUCGUCUAGAAGGUGAGGACAUGGAGAAGGAUGACCAGAUCAAAGUAUCAUCAACUUCUUCACUUGGGAAGCCUGUCAAAUUGCAUGUGUCCACACCAAGUGGGCAGCAGAGCUGCGGAGGUGAGUACCUGCUGGUGGCUGGCGAAUCUGCAAACGGCAGCCCUCUGUGGAAGCAGAUGGGUGGGAAAUAUUGGCUCUAUUCAGGAACCAAUGGCUUGUGGAUUAUUGGAGGAAGCGGAGCCAAAAGGAAAAACUUCGACUGCUCCCGUGGAGUAAUCUACUCGCAGACCCCACAUGGAGGCCAAUUGCCACACCAGGUCAGUGGGAUCUGGCUGCGACUGCAAGGGCAGGAGUUUGUGGAGGACAGCAAGAUCAGCAUUGUUCAGUGA